AUUGUUCUUGGCACGCGCGAUAUCGCAAUUUUAUUUGAUUUUAUACAAAAUCCACUAGAACCUGUAAUGUAGUAGAGGCUCCAAUGACUACCUGUGGUCUUUGUAAUCUUUAAAUUGGAAGAAACGAAGUACUAAAUAUCUAAGCAGAGCAGGCUGUGUACUUCGGGAAAGCAAUUACUUCUAUAUAUUUAAUAAUUAAGCAGAUUAAGGACUAGUUAAAAAUGAAAUACUGUAGCCUACUUUUGAUAUUUGUCAUAACCUGCGGUCUUCUAGAAUGUAUGGUUGCAGAGCUAAUUACUAUGUCCUUGAUGGGUGCAGCUUUUAUAACAGGUGGUUGGUACAAGUGGCAAACAAUAAAAGAGAACUCAUAUUGUCGGUUCAUGGAAUGUUGCAAUGCAAAUUAUGUCCCAUAUGACAUUGAGAAAUUAAAGACAUCACUCUCCAAGUAUAUGUUUGGACAACCCCUAGUGAAUGAGCUAGGCAGUAUCAUAAGUGCACACAAAGAGGCAGUGCUGAACAACAGCAACCGGAAAGCACUAGUGAUCAGCCUGCACGGUUGGUCAGGGGUUGGCAAGAACUAUGCGUCCAACAUGAUUGCUGAAGCCCUCUACAAGAAGGGCACUAAAAGCCAGUAUGUGAAGUUGUUCAUGGGAGACAAAGACUUUAAUUGUGAGGAUUUGGACAAGAAGAAGAAGGAAGUAAUGUCGGAAGUAUUCAGGGUUGUGAAGAGCUGUCCAACGUCUCUAAUAAUAUUUGAUGAAAUACAUGACAUGUGUCCGAGCAUUCUGGACACUGUAAAGCCGUUCCUGGAUCACCACCAGUCUGUGGAUGGGGUAGAUUUUAGGAACAGCAUAUUCAUCUUCAUCUCUAAUAUUGGAGGAGGUCAGAUAGCUUCAACUCUUCUGGACUUGUAUGGACAAGGAGUCAAAAGGAAUGAUGUGGAAUUCCACAUGUUUGAACCUAUUAUUCGCAAAACGGCGUAUUUUACAGGUGGGUUCAAGCAGUCGUCGACGAUCGCGAACCACCUGAUAGACCACUACAUCCCGUUCCUGCCCCUGGAGCAGCAGCACGUGGAGCAGUGCGCGCUGGCCGAGCUGCGCGCGCACGGCGUCGCCGACCCCUCCGACCACAUGAUGGCAGAUGCGAUGUCUGUGAUAACGUACGGGCCGAGCGAGGCGCAGCCAAUUUUCGCAAAUAACGGCUGCAAAAGAUUCACUAAGCACAUUCCCUACGUAGUACAGAAGCACAAGCCGAAAAAGGAGAACAGUGAACUAUGAAUAGAAAUAUUGUUAUAAGUUUCAAUUGUGAUAAUUUAAAAAAUCGUGUUUACUUUAUAAAAGCGGGGUUCACACUGAGCAAGCGUUUGGGCAUGAACCAUUUUACCUACCA